GAAGCAGCAUCAUGGCGGCGUCCACUCGUAGCGUGCAGUGCGCCCUGCGGAGAGCGGUGGUUCCGUCGUUGGUGGUGAUUCUGGGAGCUACCGGCACCGGGAAGUCCAAACUGGCUAUCGAGAUCGGAAAGCGGCUUCACGGAGAGAUAAUCAGCGCCGACUCCAUGCAGGUGUACCAGGGCCUGGACAUCAUCACCAAUAAGGUGACGCCUGAGGAGCUGGCCCAGUGCAGACAUCAUAUGAUCGGCUUUGUGGACCCAGUAGUUAGCAGCUACACGGUGGUGGACUUCAGGAACAAAGCCCUGACUCUCAUAUCCUUCCCUGGAAACGCUUGAAAGUUAUGGAACAAUAAUAUAAUAAUUCCUCCCCCGUCUCAUCUUCCUCAUGCACGUGUUGCUCUCACCCUGUUCUAUCUUCCCCCGGUUUGCUGGUACAUGGUAACCACAGGGAAAGAAUUCAGUCAGUGUCUUGUUUACUAAUUGCGCUGCAGGUGUUUGUGUGUGUACAUGUGGAAAAUGUGCUGUGUCCCCAUUUUGUCAGUGUACGGUGCAGCAGAUGUUGCACUGAAACUGAGAAGAGGGAGAGAUCACUAGAGAUGGUAUUUAUAGAAGAGUGUGUGGCACACACACACACACACACACACACACACACACACACACACACACACACACACACACACACACACUUUGGGCAGUCACACCCUCCUGCAGACACCGUCCGUCACACAGAUGUGGGGAGAGGCAGCGAUAACUGGAGGAGGUAUUAAUAGAUCAGGAUGACACGCACGCACACACCAUCGUGGUGGCGAUGGUGGGGGGGUGCAGUCGCUCCAAGAAUAGGCUGAGUGCAGCGUGAGCCUGCUGGUGAGAGGAGGGAGAACUGGAGAGAUGAGCACAGAUUAUGAGGGAUGCAAGUAGCUCGGAGGAUUUUUUAAACUACGAGGCAGGGAGACGGGAGGGCGUGUGUGUAUUAGCAGGAGAGGGCCAAAGAGUUCAGACGCGGCGUGUAAUUAUGCAUCAUCGCCUUUCAGUCCUUCACUCAACAUGCCAUUCACAUAAACUCCUUCCUCCUGAGCCGCCGCUCCUCCGCGGUCGUCCUCGCUCACUUUCGCCUCUCUCGUCUGCAGCGACAGUCGUGCAGCCACUUACGUGAGCGAGAGAGCGGAGGUUGGUGACGAUGGCUUAAUUAUCCCAGAGAAGACAGAGGGAGGGAGAGGGGGAGGAAAGGUGCAGGACGGGGGGGAGGAAAUAAGGUGUGGCACACUGCCUGUGUGACCGCUCAUGUGUCUGGGCUGAUGGACCCACAGGGUCAGAACCAGAGUGACUCCUUUCCCCUGCUGAAGCCAAAUAUCAGUUAUUCAUGAAUUUCACAUCACCACACAUUGAUGAUAUCAAACUACAUUGUGAUUUGUAGGGGAAAAAAAACAGCUUUACUGCUGAGAUUAACCCGACUCUCCUCCUUAACCCGCUGCCACAUAGACGACAUGCACUGCAGAAACACGCUGCCCAUCAUUGUAGGAGGAACAAAUUAUUACAUCGAGUCUCUGCUGUGGAAAGUCCUGGUGGACACAGGGCAGGGGAACGAGGAGUCGGGCCGCGGAGGAGAUGGAGCCGCACGCAGGAAGUUGGAGCUGGAAAAACUGGGCGGAGCCGAGCUGCACAAACGGCUGGCGGAGGUGGACCCAGACAUGGCCGCCAUGUUGCACCCCAACGACAAACGCAAGAUUGCUAGAAGUUUGCAAAUCCACGAGGAGACGGGGGUCCCCCACAGUCUCUGGCUGGAGGAGCAGAGGGGGCAGGAGGGAGGGGACGGGCUGGGGGGCCCGCUGAGGUACCCAGACCCCUGCAUCUUCUGGCUGCGCGCUGACAUGGAAGCUCUGGACCGGCGGCUGGAUGCUCGAGUAGAUGAGAUGCUGUCUGCGGGACUGAUAGAGGAGCUCAGAGACUUCCAUGUUCGUUACAAUCAGCAGAACGCCCAAGAUAAUGGCCAGGCCUACCAGCAAGGCAUUUUCCAGUCGAUUGGCUUUAAGGAGUUCCACGACUACCUGACUGCUCCUGAAAGCAGCACCCAGCAGGACAAAGACGCGCUACGUGAAAAAGGUAUCGAAGCUGUGAAGAUCGCCACGAAGCGCUACGCUCGCAAACAGAACAAGUGGGUCCGUAACCGCUUCCUUAAGCGACCAGGAGACAACGUGCCAGCAGUGUACAGCCUGGACGUGACGGACGUGUCGACGUGGGAGGAGACGGUCCUGAACCCUGCACUGCAGAUACUGGAGCAUCUCAGUAAGGGUGAAACGCCACCAAUUCCUCCAAUCAGAGUUCAGGGGGCGGAGCAGAGAAAUUCACGGAGCCACCACACGUGCGAUGUUUGUGACAAAGUGAUCAUUGGUGACCUGGAGUGGACAGCUCACCUCAAGUCCAAACGGCAUUACAGCUUUGUGAGGAAGCGAAAGCGUGAUCUGGACGGUGACCAGGCCCACGGCGCCCGUUCGCCUCCUGCCGCUCCAGCACAGACUCUCUCCAAAGACACUGGCGCUGCCGUUGCCCCGGGCUGCAGCUGAGCCUCUCGGGAGUCUCCCCAACACGCAAGGAAGCGCCGGUGACAUUCUGGCCGCGGCGACCGGCUCCUUUUGUUCCAAGCACAGAAAAGCCCACAGAUGUGAGCUUUUGUUUUCUGAUUCUUUCUGUAACGCACCGCUGAGUUGCAUUCGCACUCCUUACCCUUGAAAAGAUGAAAGAUCGCAGAGCCCAGCAGAGAAAUCUAUAACUCAUCUGUGCAGAAUGUAGAGAUAUUGAACAUAUUGAAGGGACCACUGAUGACGAGGACGAGUCCCUGGAGCAUUUGUUGACCAGAUGUUGGGUGGGGUAAUUGAAUAUUAUGGACUGUUAAAGGAUAAAUUAGACAUUUUUGUGCAUAUGCUGCCAGGAAGUUGCUCUUAAGGUUUUUUUGUCGCCUCUUUAAAAGCUUUGUUAGAUUGUUGAAGCAUUUCCUGCGUAAUGUGCCUUUAAAUGAAAGAAUGUCUUUACUUUGGUUGGUAGUAAAUAAAAUUCAUUAUUGAAAAGUAAAAGCACGAUACACUUUAAACUCCUUAUUUAACUAAACCGGUUUAUGAUGCUAAAGGUUGAUGUGAUUUGUGUCACACGUUUUCACACCACGUCGUUCGUCCCUCCGUGAUCUCUCUCCCUUUGGCGUCUGACCACCACAGCACUGUUCGCCUGCUGCCUCUGUUUAAAGACGUUUCUCCAGCUCUUUUGUCUGGUAGUGACUCAAUGCGUGACUUGUGCCGUUGUCUCUCAGCGGGCCUCGUGCGUCAACCACCAGCUGGGCCUGCGGAGGGGGGGGGGGUCUGUGCUCAGCCGGCAGUGUGUCGUCCACCUUUCGGACCCAGGUGUGUCCUUGUAACAGCUUCAUCCUCGUCUGACCGCCGCUCUCCUCCUCCUCCUCACCUCUGCCGCGUUCCAUCCCACUGCUUCUCCAUCAUAUGUGUUUUAAGUCUGCAGCCGUUCAGUGUGAGAUCUGUUCACAUGCUCCCAGUUCUUGACCUCAUCCACAAGCCUAAAAAUAUUUCUAGACAUAUAAUAGCGGGAAGUGUGUGUGUGUGUGUGUGUGUGUGUGUGUGUGUGUGUGUGUGUGUGUGUGUGUGUGUGUGUGUGUGUGUGUGUCCCACAUUCCCUCACUCUAAACUGGGUCAGGCCUCAAGCUUACUGGGUUCUUACCACAGAGUCACACUGAUAGCAAAGGUCACUGUGCAACUAGUGUGUCCUUCAUAUAAGCCUCUCUUUGUUUGAGCAUUUGUUUUUCAUUCCUUCAUUUAGCAAUAAGACAACAAAUAUUUUUGUACAAUAGAUAUUUAUUAUUUUUUCAGUCUCGUGCCUGUGGUUUUAUUUGUGGUAUGUUCUUAUCUCAGGAGCCGCGGUGAGCCGGGCCUGGCGGCUCCAGGCGCUGCUGAGUCAUUGUGCGUUUAACGAAGAAGAGGACUUGCGCAAUGCAGUGACAUAAGGCUCUCGCUGCCUUGAACCGCGCGUACGCUCAGAAGCGGGAAAGUAGGACAGCGUCCACGGUCAGAAGGCUAAUUAGCGCUGUAGUCACUUUGAAUCGGCUACUGUACCGACACACACAAAUACGCUGAGUGGACUCAUUAGCUGCAGACACUGGGCUCACAGUCUGGACACACCGACCCGGCUUUACAAUGGGAAGCCUGCAACCAGGGCCUCAAAAGCAACAGGAAGGUGCUCGUAAGGAGCGUGUUCUGCUUUUCCUUUACUGUAUCUCUCUCUCUCUCUCUCUCUCUCUCUCUCGCGCUCGCUCGCUCUGUGCAUGUGUACGUAAAGCUGCAUCAGGCAUCAAGCCGCACAAGUAGCGGUCAGCGCUCCCUCGCUCAGUCCAGUCCUGGCUGUGCAGCUGUGUGUUCACAGAGCACACACUGUCCAGUACAUGGGGCCUAAUGGACCUGUGUGCUGCUGCUGCUGCUGCUGCUGCUGCUGCUGCUGCUGCUGCUGCUGCUGCUGCUGCAUAGAGAGACUUGUUUAGAGCUUCAGCCUCUGCAUUUACUGCAUGUCUCGUUUCUCUGCAUCAUGUUGACGGGGCAUCACCCAGUCUGGAGCAUCAAUGUUGUAAAUACAGUAUAAUGUCCUGAAUGUGACACUAUAAUCUGCUCUCUUGUAUUAUAUCACUGUUGAUCAAAUACCUCGAGUGUUGAAAUCUACAACAAUUGGACUGUAAAUGUGAAAAAUGUUGGAAUUUAGCAGAAAUGUAGUGUCUCAGGUUUUUAUUUUGGUUUUACGAGGAGCAUUUUUUUCAUAUCUUCAGUGAAACUCGCAGCGUAAUGGGCCCGCUGCUCGAGGGUGUUCAGCUCAGUUGUAGUAGCGUGUCAUCCAGUGACUGUGCGUCUAGGUAAUUUGAAGUCCACGUAAUCCUAAUCUCUAAUCCCAUUCCACUAAACAUUCCCUGCCAUCUGGCCCUGGCUAGACAAAAAAAAAAAAAAAACAUGCACGGAGACACACAGACAGAAAUGCGAGCAGCUAAUCAGCCUGAGCAGCUGCUGUCACUGACUUCACUACCAAGAUGUUGUAUUUAUGAAGAAAAAACAUGCUAAUCUCUUCAUGUGGGGACAUGUUUACACGCGAUGCACAAGGACAAAUAUUUGAAAACACCAGACACCACACGGUGCGCACACAUUGCAGAACUAUGUGGAACGUGAAGGACUUGGCUGGGAAUGUGCAGAUUUUGGUGUUUGUCAGUGUAAUAUGAGUAAAGGUCAACUGUCACGCUGCCAGCUGUUGUUUCUCUAUUAUAGAAUAUGCAGACAUCUCUUAUUUGUGCCCUUUGCCAUCAUCACUAUUAAUAUUAUUGUUUUCAUUUCAAGUGUACUGAGGGAUGAUUUGUGUGUCUACCUGCAGCUGGCUGUCUGCAGGGUCAGUGUUUCGCCGUCUCUCAGGAAGAAAGAGGACAAAGACUAUUUAAAACCUGGCUGUUACAUAAGCCAAGUGAGAAACACAACACUGUCAGGUGUGACUCAAUCAGAUAAGAGAGCAUUGUUCGUGUGUGUGUGAGGGGGGGGGUCUUAGUUUGCUGCAUGUUCCUUAUUAGCAAUAUAAUAAGAAACACAUUCAUCACAGCUGAUCUAUUUGCUGUAGUGCUUGUGUGUUUGUGGUUCUCACAUUAUUACACACACACACACAGACACACACACACACACAGAAGGAUGUGUGUUGCAGCCCAGUGACAGUGUUUGCUAAUGUUCUAACGCGAUGUGGUGUGUGCAUCCUUCGCCAAGUGCAGACCAUCAUUUAUUGAUGUGUGUGUGUGUGUGUGUGUGUCUAUAGGGACGAACGAGGUUCAGCGGGUUUGUGCGUCUCUCCCUCUCUCCUUGUCAUGCUGUCUGGCUCCUGCGGUGUCUGCUGUAUGUGAAAAAAGCCACAGACGAGGAAGGGCCGAGACGUGAUGAGAUGUGAAAAGCCUUUAAGGAAGGUGUCGUAGGUCCAGUGUACUGUAUGCAUGGCUUCCUAUGGUCUCUCUGCCCCUCUCUCUCUCUCUCUCUCUCUCUCUCUCUCUCUCUCUGUCUCCCUCUCUCUCUCUCUUGCAUGUUUCCUGCCUGGUUAUGUAACACGGGGGCCGCUCACUACUUUUUUCUUCUUCUACCCUCCCCAGUCCAGAGCGUGAACACGCCUUCCUGUUUUUCCAGCAACCCAGUGAACUCUUUUCCCAGGGUAACACUUAGGAGGGCACACACGCACCCACACUGACAACACACACACACACACACACACACACUCUCUCUCUCGCUCUCUCUCUCUCUCGUCACAUAUUGUAAGUAAUGUGCUUGCUUUAGUCAAAGCUACUUGCCCUUGAUGUAUUGUGUCUGGUGGGCAACAUAAAUGUUAUUGUCUCAGUCUUGGAUGUGUGUGUGUGUGUGUGUGUGUGUGUGUGUGUGUGUGUGUGUGUGUGUGUGUGUGUGUGUGUGUGUGUGUGUGUGUGUGUGUGUGAUGUUAAAUCCGUCUUGCCUGUCCUGAUCGUCUGUGAUCUCAUUUAUUUGUCUGCUCCACUUGUUUUCACCUUUGCUGUCAAGCAGGAAAUGUGGACCAGCGGCACUACCUGACUGUGUGUGUGACACAGUUCUACAGACAAAGAGGGUUUGUGCGUGUGCGUGCGUGUGUGUGAGCGUGCGCGUGUUGGCUUCUCCAUUGUCACUGACUUAAGCGCUGGAGCCGGCUUUUUCCCGCCAGUGCAGUAUUUUGUGGGAGGGGCUUUGGCUCAGCUCGGCAGCAACAAAGAAACAGACCUUCCCGCCCGAUAUGCAAAUUAGCUCCUAGUGGGCGUGGCAGGGAACCUCCCCUACGGCAGCGCUUAACUCUGUCGCUGCCGAGGUGGGAGCCAGUCCUGUAGCGCUGUGGACGGCCCCAUCGACUCAUUGGCGAGAAUAGGCGAGUCGUAAUAAUGCAUUGAUUAGAAGCAGGUUGUGCUGCAGUGUCUACAGAGCGUUGUAGCCUCUGAGCAUGUUGUUUUGUUUUUGCAAAUGUGGUGAACUCAGUGCACAACAAAAAGACUUAAGAAACAGCGUAUAUGACAAUAUAUAAUAAUAUAUAAAAUAUAUUAUUUGCAGCACAAAUUUGCGCCAACUGUGGCACAUUUACAGUGAAGCUUGCUGCCAAUUUUAAAACACGUUAAAACCUGUAGCAGUCGUUAAAACUCCACCUGUGUGUGUGUGUGUGUGUGUGUGUGUGUGUGUGUGUGUGUGUGUGUGUGUGUGUGUGUGUGUGUGUGUGUGUGUGUGUGUGUGGUGGGGGGGCUCGCCCAUGUUUUACGCAUGUCGUGCAGCCCCAGUCUGACAUGUGAGCCAGCAGCAGCUGUCGCACACACGCAUUCUCUUCCCCCAGUGUUUUAACAAAGGAGCCUGUUGUGUGAAAGCGGUGCCUCGCGAUGCUAACGAGCAGGGUGGAGCUCACACACCUCACACACUGUCAGAUACUUCACAUAUUUUUAUGUCCUUUCAAUACUUAUAGUACACGCACUCAUUGUUUAAGAAACAACACAUUGCAAGUUGCCACUUCUUGUGAUUUCCCCAAAACACAGUGUUAAAACACAGUUAUUAACUGAUCGCUGAAUUGUCACUGUGGCCUGGUUUCACACAAACGCACUCGUUAAAGACAUUUUGCCCAUCAGUCAAACGGCGGCGACGACACCCGGCGACUGUUUGCUGCCGCGUGUGCUGUUGGUGAAAGGCGGGAAGAGACGCUGGUGGAGGGAAAACCGCUGGUGAAAGUGUAUCGCGCGCGGCGGCUUGUCUGAUAAGGUGGUUCCCUCCUGGGGCAGUUAACGGUUAAUGGAUGAUCCGUUUUGGGCCGGGCCCUGGCGCCGCUAAAGCUUGGAGGGAGGGAAGGGAGUGGAAGCAAUGAGGGGGUUUUUUGGAUUAUCUGAGCUGCGUUUGACUGUUGAAAGAAACGUCCUCCACUUAACACUUUGUUUACUUUAACGAGGACAAGCUCAUAAUAUAUAUUGUUGAUUAAAAGGCGUCUGUGUCUGAGUCUAUUCAACAGGUGUGAGUAAAGCGCUUGGUUCCACUGUUUGGGCUUUUAAUGACUUUUAAUGUCCCUUUAUGGUUCGAAUGUUGUUGUGAGACAAAAUAAAUGUGGAGGAAACACUUAAUACAAGUAUAUGUUGGCACCGAAGUGAAAAAUUUCACCCAAUAUUGUUCAAAAUCUGCAAGUUCAUUACUGUAACUCUGCGAUCCCUGCUUCUCUGAUUCAGCUCUGUGUUAUUUCACAUUGUCUGCUGAGAGUGAGUCGACAGCCAGUAACCGACCUUAUAGAUUAAUGCACCUCUGAAUUUGAAUGUUUGCCAUUAGGGAAGUAAAGUGAAACACUGGUUCCCUAUUCAUGACAUGACAGUUGAGGCACAAAGCCAGAGAGAGGCCUACACACACACACAAACACACACACACAAACACACACACACACACACACACACACACACACACACACACACACACACACACACACACACACACACACACACCUCCCCUGUUUAAAGCAAGCAUUUGCCUGUUAUCUUCUUUGUUUUACAUCUGAAUCACAUUUGACUCAGAAGUGUCUUUGUUUUUUCCCCAACAACAGCUGCUUUCCCUCCCUGUAUAAGCUGUUGAAGCACUGCACAGUGUUUGCCUGCUGCUCUCUUUACCAUAUAUAACUACUGACAGGCUCUCCAGUGUCCCCCUGCCCUAGUUUACACCGUCCAGCGAUCGCACAGUACCACAUGUCUAACACAGAAUCAGUUUCAGCACAGCUCAAAAACUCAUUUAACUAAUACAUCUGAUAUAAGUGAUAUAAAGGAGAAAAACUCCUUUUAGAUUUCAUUAGGAAUCUAAAUUUCAUAUUUUAUUAUAAAUGAUUUCAAAUCUAUAACCAUAUCAUUAUACAGUCACUGGUUCUUCUUGGGUAAAGUCGGCCACCAGUGUUUUCAUUCGAGACUAAUCAGGUUUUACUGUAUGAUUGUAUAUGUGUUAUCUUUAUUAGUUUGUUCAGCUUCACCUCUUUAACUGAGCAUGUGCUGCCCUCUAGUGGCGACAAGGGGAACAUGCAGUAGUAGUUUAUAAAGAACGGUAGUUUGUGAUAGUUCCAUCUCCGUCUGAUUGAAACUUGUCAUUCACAUUUCUUUGUUUCCCAACAUGUUCUCGGGCAGAAUUGUUGCUGAAAGCUCAUGUAGACAUGUACAAAACAGUAUUGUUAUACAUUAAGUGUGCAAAAUGUAAAGAGUGGGUGAGAAUUCAAUUUGUUUCGAAUUUUCUAUUUUUUUUUGUUUAUUAUUUCUUUUUACCAUCCUAUUAUUAAUGUCAUCUCUUAUGUAUUAUAUAAGUAUAUAAUAAUAGUUUUUAAUUGUAAUAGGCAAAAACACACACACAAACGCCAGUGGUUGAAUGUAAUAAAUGACAAGUUUAUUGUUGCACAAAAUGUACAAAAUAACAAGCAAAUGGACAGCCCCCCCCCCCAUUGACCGCCCCUCCCCUCCCUCUGGUCCGUUCGCCAUAAAGAAGCUGAAGUUCUGAAACCUAUGACUAGAGCAGGUCUGAUGGGCCAAGCCGAACGCAUGGUAAUUCUGAGACAACACAUACCCAAUUUCAGCAUCACUGAACAAUUAAAAAUGAAUAAAAAC